AUGCAGUCGAACUAUCAGCAUGAUUCGAAUCUACAUAUUGAACCACAUCACAUUGAAAAUGGUGUUCCCGUGUUCAUGCCAAGUUUAAAAGAAUUUGAGAAUUUUUAUAAUUUCAAUAAAGCCAUUAAUAAAUAUGGCAUGAGUUCAGGAAUUGUUAAAGUUAUCCCUCCAAAAGAAUGGUUGGAUGAAGUUAGAGGAAAAUGUUAUAGUCAUGAGAAUUUGUCACGAAUAGUUAUAAGAAACCCAAUUCUUCAGAAUAUAAAUAUGAAUCAACCAGGAGUAUUUCAGUUUCAAAAUAUCGAACGAGCAAGAAAAUAUUCUAUAUUUCAAUGGAAAGACGUGGCAAAGAAAUACCAACCACCCAGAAGUAAACUUAAGAAAGAGGAAAAAGUAGAUACACAUAGAGAUGUGCUAGAAUUUAGUAUAGAUACGAGUGAAUUUACUGAUCAAAGAUGCGAGGAAUUGGAGAAAACAUAUUGGAAAUCUUUGCCAUAUUCAGAACCAAUGUAUGGAGCAGAUAGUCUAGGGUCAUUAUUUGGUGAUAAUGUUGAGGCAUGGAAUGUCUCCAAAUUACCAAAUCUAUUAGAUUUGAUGGAUGCACGCCUUCCUGGAGUCAAUGAGGCAUAUUUAUAUGGAGGAUUAUGGAAAUCUUCAUUUGCGUGGCAUUUAGAAGAUCAAGAUUUAUACCUGAUAAACUAUUUACAUUUUGGAGCUCCAAAGAAAUGGUAUCUGAUCCCUCAAGCACAACAUGAACAAUUUUAUAACAUAAUGAAGAGUCAUUUUGAAGAUGAAUGGAAAAAUUGUUCAGAAUUUUUAAGACACAAGACAUUUAUGAUAUCUCCUACUAAUUUGGAGAAACUAGGUAUUCAAGUAAAUCAAAUCGUACACAGAGAAGGUGAAUUUAUCAUCACUUAUCCCUAUGGAUAUCAUGCUGGUUUUAAUUUAGGAUUUAAUUUAGCAGAGUCAGUUAAUUUCGCCUUGGAUGAUUGGUUUGAGUUUGGCAAAAAGACCCAGAAAUGUGAAUGUAUUUCUGAUUCUGUAGGUAUAGAUAUUGGUAAAUUAUGGAAAAAGUUCUAUGGUACUGAUUACCCAUCAUCUGAGAACAAACACCACAAGAAGACAUCAACAAAGAAGGAAGAACAUAGAGUUAUUGAUGAUUCAGACCUGGAGACAGCUAUUGAAUUGCAUGAUGAAUCAGACGUUGAAUCUAUCAUGUCCGAUCAUUCAACUGAUGUUGCCAAAGUAGCACAACCCAAACGAAACACCCGUAAAAGGAAACUACGUCAAGUCCAAGAAGAAGAAGAAGAAGAUGAUGAUGAUGAGGCAGUGAAUGAAUGUUUCUUGUGCCCAAACAAUUUCCAGGAUUCCAGUUUUAAAUCAUCUCCUAUGUUUGAGUUAUUAAAGACUGAUAUGGGUCCAUUAGAAGUUCAUAGAUUAUGUGCUAAUAUGUUUCCCCAACAAUUGUCAUACGAUAAGACCAAUAAUUCGAUCAUAGGGUUAAAUAACCUAUCUAAACAACAGAUGAACUUGCAAUGUUGUGUAUGUAAGCAACGUGAUGCUGGUGCUUGUUUCCAAUGUAACUACAAACGAUGUGCUAAAUCAUUUCAUGGAAGUUGUGGAUUGAGUGAUGGUGUUAAAUAUAUGCUUGAUACAGGAGAAGCAUAUUGUAAGACUCAUAACAAUUACAAAAAAGAACAUGGAAUAGUAGAAGGAGUCAAUAUUGGUUCCUUUGUACAAUUUAAGUUCAACAAAGGUGUAUUUGCUGGGAAAGUUGUUAAUUUGAACGAUACUUUUGUUGAGGUUGAAGUCUAUCCAUUAGCAAAAGACAUUAUUGAAGUUCCAUUAAAUGAUAUAUUCAAUUCAAAUGAUUGUUUCCUAAAUCAACCAGCUGGUUUUAAUUACCUUGGAUGA